GAUCGAACGUCCGUGACACCCAAAGUCAUCGAUGCUUAAGGUCCCUAUUGUUUGUUCAGACACGGUCUCGAUCGCCCGUAGAAGGAUCCUUGCAGAGGAAAUUGAGUUGCCUUACUUGUACAGAUCACUUUCUAAGUGGGGAGUUGACUGGAAAUCUAUUUAUUUCUCUAAGAGCAUAGGAAGAGAAAAAAGCAUCACAUUUAUUCGCUUCUCGUUUUAACGUGGGCCAUUUUUAAAUCCUCUUGGUAACGAAAGAGUCAAUAGUCCGUUCUUAGAUCAUUUUAGGGAUAUCUAUGGAAUACACAAGGGACAUCUUUAUUGACUGAAGAUGGUGUUCAGAUUUUAUGGAGUGUAUACAAAAAUAUUGGUACAGAGGAUAAAAAUCUCAAACCUUUGACUGAAAAAGACUUUCUUGUUGACGUUAUUGUCAUGGCAACCCCCUCGCUGUUAUUUACGUCUUCAAAAGAGACAACCAACUAUGCUAGGCUGUGCCGCCUCUUGGUGGAUGUUGGAUCUCAGGUGCUCAGGUCCGCUUUUGACAAAAUACAUCCACCAGCCACUCUACCUAUAGUUUUGGGAAAAACCUCUGUGCACCACGCCACAUUGCAAUCGUUGUACACGGGGAAGAAGAAAGUGUUGAAUCCAACUCAGUGGAAGAAGUUGUAUCCUCUUCGUUCACCUGUGUCUUCGACAACCUUUGACAUCACACUCUUAACAGUGCUGCUUAGAAAUAUCUGUGGUUUGAGCCCUCCUGCUACCGGAUGGGAUCAUCUUCCUCCAGAUACCAACAAAAGCAUUACGGAUGACAUCGCCAGAAUAAAGUAUUACAGGAACACGGUGUACGGCCAUGCUUCUCAAGCCUCUGUAGAUGAUACUGGCUUCAGUUCUUAUUGGAAGGAAAUACGAGAAGCUCUGGUGAGACUUGGGGGAGCUCGUUUUCGAGCAGAUAUCGACAAUCUUGAGCAUGACUGCAUGGAUCCAGAUAUCGAACAACAUUAUCGCGAAUUGAUGAUACAAUGGAAGAAAGACGACGACAGCAUCAAGGACAAACUUGAAGAGAUGGAAGAAGUUAUCAAACAGUCACUAGAGCAAAUGAGAGGGGAAAUGGAAACCAAACUUACAAGGAUGGAGAUUGAAUUGAAGGAGUUGAAGGAAAAGCUGGGUAAGCAGACAGUCUCAGCUAGUGAAUGCAAAAAUGGAGGAGUUUUCGAUUCAACUGAGCUAAUUGAUGGAAUAUGCCAAUUGUACAAAACUCGGGAGGGAUGGCUUUCACCGUUUCCAUGGUGCGAAGAGUUUCAGUUUUUUGUGGGUGAUAUUUUUACAAGGCUCAAAGUUGUUAGAAGAAAGAAGACGAGAGGAGUCAUCACUGACAAAAUCAUUACCAUGUCGUCUCUCUUGAAUCCACACGAAGAGUGUUCAGAACCGAGAACAGUGCUAAUCGAAGGAAAACCCGGAAUGGGUAAAACCACCUAUUGUAAAAAGUGUGUCUACGACUGGGCUACAAAAGAAAAUUUCCCUCAGGAUUGCGUCUCAAGCAUGAAAGCAGUGCUGUUCCUUAAAUGUCGUGAUAUCAAGUCCGGUAUUUGGGAAGCCAUUGAUGAUCAACUUCUGCCACAAGAUCUCGAGGAAGGAGUCAAAGAGCAAUUCUUCCAGUUUAUUCGUGACAACCAAUCCAGCAUUUUAUUGAUAUUAGAUGGAUUGGAUGAGUUACCGUCCAGUAACGUGCCAUGGAUUUCAGAACUAAUUGAGGGAAGACUGCUUCCGAAGUGUUACAUAGUAGCAACUGCACGACACGAAGCCGGAGUAAAGGUAAGAAAGUGCUGUGACACCUUGCUUGAGGUGGAAGGAUUUACUGAAGCGCAAGCCCAAGAAUUUAUCGCCAAGUACUUCAGGGAAAAGUCGGAAUUAGCCGAAAAGCUCUCGGUACGAAUAUCUCGUGAUGGAAACCUUGCAGAAAUGUGUGCUAAUCCAUUGAACGCAGCCCUGCUGUGCCUUUUGUGUGAGGAGUUUGGGGGCACCCUUCCGGAAAAUAGAGCUAAGCUCUAUUUGGAUAUGAUUGAAUGUGUCUUGAGGAGAUAUAGAAUAAAGACAGAACUACCUGAUACGAAAGAAGAUCUUACAAACCUGUACAAAUCGCAAUUGAAAACCCUUGGAUUGAUAGCGCGAAAUGGUUUGAUUGAUGAGAAGUUAGAUUUUGAGGAGGAUGAAUUGGGAAAGCUUGCAAGUGGCUUGGCUGCAUUCGGAUUUCUGUCGGUUCAUCUCGGAGCUAGUAAACUAAGGCCGAGUCUGCAUUAUGCAUUUCUACACAAAAGCUUUCAAGAAUGCUUUGCAGCAUUCUAUGUCUGUUGUGAGAUUCAAGAUAAACAGAUAACACCUGAAGAAUUAGUUUCCGAUACAAGAUAUUUCAUAGAGCUGAAACAGGUGCUAUUGUUUUCAUGCGGCAUUUUAGCAGAAUGGUCCGAUCAACAAGCUGCAGCUCUUGUCACCAGUAUGGCGGAUCGGGUUGGCAUUCUCCACCACCACAUCAGUUGGCAUGUUAGAGUUUCAUUAGAGGCCAUUAAUGAAUGUAAAAGAAAGAAAGAUGAUUUUCACCUGAAGUUAGCAAGAUGUUUUGGUUACAAUAUGACUAAAAGAAUGCUCAAUUUCAAGAGAAGGUCCUUAAGUAAAGAAUUGACAAUAAUUCUAUCCGAGGCAAUCAAAGUCAACAAAACCUUGACCUAUUUGGGUUUGUGUUCUAAUCGCAUCGGUGAUGCCGAUGCAACAUCUAUUGCUGAGGCAAUCAAAGUCAACAAGACUCUGACCAGUUUGAAUUUGUCUCACAAUCAGAUUAGUGAUUCCGGUGCAACAUCUAUUGCUGAGGCAAUCAAAGUCAACAAGACUCUGACCGAUUUGAAUUUGAUUAAGAAUCGCAUUAGUGAUGCAGGUGCUACAUCUAUUGCUGAGGCAAUUAAAGUUAACAAGGCUCUGACAAAAAUUAAACUUGGCCAAGUAUCGGCUUAGUGAUGCAGGUACUACAUCGAAUGCUAAGGCAAUCAAAGGUAAUAAGACUCUGACUGCUAUUAAUCGCUCUGUUUGAACAGUAUUUCAAAUAGAUAUCUUAAGGAUACGAUAGUCCUUCACAAAAGAUUUCAACGCGCUAAAUGAGGUGUCAGUAAUAUGAAGUGUAUAUGAAUGAAAAGUUUGGGAAUGCACUACCUUUGUGUUGGCGAUCAUCACGGGGGAUCACUCUCGUAAACUGAAGUCCCCGCUUUCUUUUCUUAGGCUCGUAUCCAGUAAGUCCUCGGGCCAAAGUUUAAAGCAAUCAGUGAAGUUUUCAUAAAAAGUUGAUAGAUUUGCGUAAAAACAAGGGAGGAUAUUUUUGCUCGUGUUAUGCGAACAUUGUACGCAUUUUGUUGACUGCAAGUUAUGUUCACACGCCAAAAAUUGGAAAUGCCUCCCCCUCCCCACUUGACUGGGAGUGAGAUAGCAGUCAGUCUUUUAAAGUGCCCCUUUUUUUCUCCUGUUGUUGACGACUAGUCCAUCUCUGUACCCCUUGAAAGCCAUGUGACCCCCUAAAAGUUGACGAAUCGCUUUUCCUCAAGCGAUGGAUAAUAACUGAUCGCCAAAACUGGAAUGUCUCACUUGGACUUUCUGAAGAAAGGAGACUGGGAAAGAAGGAAAUGUGAGUGCGAAGAAAUAAAAGGAAAAUAUAUUGAGAAUCGAAAAAUGCUUACCCAGGAGUUAAGCUGUUCACCUCCCCCACACUCCUACCCUCUUUGAAGAAACACAGUGAAGAAACCCGUCUUGGAAAGCCAGCUAGAUUAAAUCUUAAUUCUAAUUAAAACUCUUUCUUACAAUUAACACAUUUCAAAACUAUCACUGGCUCGGACAAAUUUGAAUAGCCCCUUUUCUUGUUAACCUCAUAACUGUAACGCCAUCCUCGUCGUUUAGUUUGCGUUACGCUUCACGUGAUGCUAUUAUCUUCAUAAGGGACUUUUUUUUUAGCUCCUUGUGUAGCAGAAUGGUAGAAGCAAGAGUUUUUCAUUUAGAACUCCAAAUUACCUAACAGUUUUUGACGGUCUUUUAAGGUUGUAGGUCUUGAUGAGACUUUUCGAAUCUCUGGUACAGUUUUAUUGCCAUUGUUGUACGUCGCUCUCCAAUAAACGGACUUUACAAGGUA